UUCUCCCUUCAUCACCCUGCACCAAAAAUCCCUUGAUUUCUCACUCAAUUAGCUUAUUCUUUCUCUUACAACUAAUUGAACUUCUGAUACUAUCAUGGCCGUAGACUCUCGUCUUUCGUCCUCGGCUGGCCCUUCGGCCUGCGGGAAGGACUCCAAAGCUCUUCAAUUCAUUGAAGAGAUGACCAAAAAUACUGAUGUGGUGCAAGAGAAGGUGUUAGCCGAAAUACUGACCCGAAACUCCAAGACCGAGUACCUCCGACGGUUCCUACUCAGUGGGUGGACCGACCGAGACACCUUCAAGUCAAAAGUACCGGUCGUCACCUAUGAGGACCUUCAGCCCGAUAUCCAACGUAUUGCUAAUGGCGAUUGCUCCCCUAUCUUCUCGUCUCACCCCAUCUCUGAGUUCCUCACCAGUUCUGGGACAUCUGCUGGUGAAAGAAAGCUGAUGCCAACUAUUCAUGACGAGUUGGACCGAAGACAGCUAUUGUACAGUCUUCUCAUGCCUGUGAUGAACCUUUAUGUGCCAGGAUUGGACAAAGGGAAGGGUUUGUACUUCUUAUUCGUGAAGGCCGAGACCAAAACCCCAGGUGGGCUACUUGCACGACCGGUGCUGACCAGUUACUACAAAAGUGACCAUUUCAAGACUCGGCCAUAUGACCCUUAUAUGGUCUAUACGAGUCCUGAUGAGGCCAUUUUAUGUACUGACUCUUUCCAAAGUAUGUACACCCAGAUGCUCUGCGGCCUCCUCUCCCGCCACGAAGUCCUCCGGCUCGGUGCGGUCUUCGCCUCCGGCUUACUCCGAGCUAUCCACUUCCUUCAACUCAAUUUCAAACAACUCGUCCACGACAUCGCCACCGGUACUCUAAACCCUAAAAUCACUGACCCUUCACUCCGGCAAUGCAUGUCAAAUCUCCUCAAACCCAACCCUGAACUUUCUCAUUUCAUUGCCAAAGAAUGUGGUGUUGAGAAUUGGGAGGGCAUUAUCACCAGAAUUUGGCCCAAGACUAAAUAUCUCGACGUGAUCGUUACUGGGGCGAUGGCUCAGUACAUUCCGACACUGGAUUAUUACAGUGGUGGGUUGCCACUGGCUUGCACUAUGUAUGCUUCUUCUGAGUGCUAUUUUGGGCUUAACCUUAAGCCAAUGAGCAAGCCUUCGGAGGUGUCUUACACCAUCAUGCCAAACAUGGCUUACUUCGAGUUCCUUCCCCACGACCCGGUAGCUCCACCUCUGAGUCAUGACUCACCUCCCCGGCUGGUCGACCUGGCGGACGUCAAACUGGGGAAGGAAUACGAGCUGGUGAUCACCACCUAUGCAGGACUGUGCCGGUACCGAGUGGGUGACAUCCUCCGAGUCACCGGGUUCCACAACUCGGCCCCGCAAUUCGAGUUCAUAAGGAGGAAGAAUGUUUUGUUGAGCAUUGACUCGGACAAGACCGACGAGGCCGAGUUGCAAAAGGGUAUUGAAAAUGCUUCCCUACUGCUGCGUGAAUUCAACACUAGUGUAGUGGAGUACACUAGUUAUGCUGAUACCAAAACCAUCCCGGGACACUACGUGAUCUACUGGGAGCUGCUAGUGAAAGACCCGGCUGACUCCCCCAGUCACGAGGUCUUGAACCGGUGCUGCCUCGCCAUGGAAGAGUCAAUGAACUCGGUGUACCGACAAGGCCGAGUGGCGGACAACUCAAUCGGUCCACUGGAGAUAAGGGUGGUGAAAAAUGGCACAUUUGAGGAGCUGAUGGACUAUGCAAUCUCUAGGGGUGCGUCAAUCAAUCAAUACAAGGUUCCAAGGUGUGUCAACUUCACACCCAUUUUGGAACUCCUUGACUCAAGAGUGGUCUCGGCACAUUUUAGCCCCGCUGCGCCACAUUGGACCCCAGAAGGAAAACGUUGACCAGUUGGCACAAAUAUCUAGUUAUCUGCUAACCAAACAUGCCACUGGGGCAAUGAACCAAAAGAUAAAAAAAAUAAAAAGAAAAAAAAAAUAUUGAUAUCUUUCUUUCUCUUUCUCUCUCUCUACUUUCUUUUUCUCUCUGUAGUCUCUCUCUUGAUUGUGAUCUUAGCUUUGUAAAGCGUCUUUGGUUUACUUUUGAAAUUGCAGGGUUUGGCACUAUGGCUUUUAGGCUUUGUGUUGGUUCAAAUAAUGUGUUCGGGUUAUGAAAUUGUCACUGAUGUUUUUGUCGAGCGUAUUGUAUUGUGUUCAACUUUUUUAAAGAUGAAGAAAAGACAUUGAAAGUGGAUGGCAA